AUGUCGAUUGGAAUGACCUUUACACCAAUGAUCAAACAAUUUUUAAACCUAAAGAUAUUUAAAACUCGUGCAUUUAAAUUAAAAAGGCUAGUCGACCAAUCAAUAUUAAAUGAUUUUAUUAUUGAAACUGGAAAUGAGGAUGAUUGUCACAAUCAAAAAGACGGAAAUAUGGUUCUCUCGGUUGAUUAUGAUAACCACAGAUUAAAUGUACCAUCGCAGUUACCAUCAACCAUAACAAAGAGUAUCAUAGACUUUGUAUUAUAUUGUGAUAAUAGAAUAAUUAAUAAUAAUAAUAAUGAUAGUAAUAAAUCAUUGAUCGAGAAUGCAUUGAAUCUUUCAAAAGUUUGCAAGAGAUGGUUAAAGAUUACAAGUAUACGAUCUACUAGUAUACCCUAUAUCAAAAGAUUACAACAAAACAUAGAGUCAUCAUUUUGUUUAUUGUAUCAUUAUCCUCUGCCAAAGGUUGAAUUGGUAUUUGGUUAUGAUUAUGAACAGAUUUCAUACAACACUAUGAAACAUAUUGUUCUGCUCAAUAUUCAAUCAACUCGACAAAACAACAAUCAAAAUCAACCAUCAACUCUAAUUACAUACCAACAACUCUACAAACAACGCAACACAGAAUGGUCUCAAUUUUCAAAUCUAAAGCAUCAAAUAGAACAUCAACCGGCAUCAACUCUAUUGAAACCAUUACAACCAAAAGUUAUACAAUACAUUAAUGAUAAUGAAAUGAGACAACCACCACAACAUUUAGAGACAAAAACUCAACUAGAAGAUCGACUACGAAUCUUAUACAACGGUGAUCAAGAGGAUCCUCUAUCAAUCUAUCGAGACAUAAAAGAAAAUGAAUUGAAACUUUAUUCAAAUAUGAUUAGUAAACAAUCAGCAAUCUUUAAUCAACUAGUACAAUUAUUUACAAAUAGAGCCGUGUUUGGAGAAAUAACAAUAUUGCAUAUAUACACAUAUGAUGAUAUAGAUGUUGAUGUAUUGAUACCUAUUAUAAAUUAUGGUAAUCAAUUGACAACUCUAUUUCUAGACGGUCUACACAAUCAAAAGGUUUGUCAAGCUAUACUACCAAUAGCAAUGAAUCUAACUACUUUGGCCUAUAGAGAUACUAUAAAUAGCAACCUCGACAACAUUAACUAUAACAAAAAGAAAUACAAUAAUAAUAAUACAUUAGAGAGACUAUACUUGGUAACAACAAACAUCAGCAUAUUAAAUAAUAUAUUUAUUAGUGGUGGUGGAUUGAUCUUUAAAAAUUUAAAGUUUCUUCAAAUCCCAUCUUGUGAUCAAUUACAUAUGCCUUGGAAUGAUUUCAAAGUAUCUCUACCUCUACUAGAGGUACUAAACAUGGAAGGACCUUUUAGUAACCCUUGUCCUGCAUUGAUAGAUUAUUUAAUAGCAAGAGGGGGAGAGGUUCAAUAUAUGGCACUAGUCCAUUUAUGUCUAGAAACCUUUCCACUCUUUCAAUACCUUCCCUAUUAUUUAGAUCUAAAGAUCGACAUGACAGGCACUUCACUCCCACCAAUCAAAUACCAUACAUCAUUGUUGGGACUGAGUUUUUUUUAUAUUCCAAUAGGCCGACUUGGAACAAAAGACGAACUUUUAAAGUUGGAUCCAUUUCAAAACAUCCCAUUUGAAACAUUGAAAAGUUUGAAAUUGGCUAUUGACAACCUAGAAGCCAUCACACCAUACUUGGACAGAUUCAAACAACUAGAUACACUUACACUUGUCAUCUAUUAUAGUUCAGGCACCCUGACUGAAUCAUUAUGUCAAAGUAUCGCACAAAUACAAACACUCACCUCUCUUGAAUUGUUUGUUGGCAAUGGACAUUGGAAUGAAAACUUUACACCAAUGAUCAAACAACUUGUAAACUUAAAGAUAUUUAAAACAGGUACAUCAAAUUUGAGUGACAAUCAAUGGAUAUCAAAUCAUUUUAAUAUUCAAAUUGAAAAUCAGCAUGAAACAACUUUAACCAGAAAAUAG